GGCCUCCAGUGCCGCCGGCCCCUCUCUGUCUGGGUCUUCCAGCCGCCACCGUUACUGUGCUCCUCCUGGGAGCCCAGCCCGAGCGUGGCGGAGUCCUGCACGGGAGGAGCUCAGGACGCAGGACCAUGGCAAGUCACCGCAGGCCAGCAGGGAGGAGGGCCCCAUGUCCUGUGCUCAGGAGCUGUCUGCUGAGUGAGGGGCUGGGCCGGGAAGGCGGCUUCAGGGUCCCAGCCUCCUGCUGGAUGACCCUUGGGGAGCUCCCUUGGAUCCAGAGCCCAGCCAUGGAUGGCGUCAACUGGGCGCUCGGGAAGUGUUUGUGAGCUGUCCUCCUGCAGACGUUGCCUGCUGCUGACCAGCCUGGGAUUUAUGGAGAGGGCCUCGGGGGGCAGCUCUGAAUACUGCCGGGCCCAACAUCACUGCCGCACGUGCUGCUGAGGAGGCCCCCGUGCCUCUGGCCCUCACCAUUGCCCUCGCCCGCCGAUGGCCCCUGCUGUCUGGCCCCGGGCCGCCUCUAACGCCUGAGCCCCCGGGCUGUCUCCAGGACUCGCACUACCCCGAUGGGGUAACGUGACAGAGGCCCCGAGUGCAGACCUGCCUGCCACCACGGCCGCCGCUACCCCCUCCCCUCCCCAGGCUGCCCUGUGGGUUCAGUUCAAGUUCAGGUUUCGUCUGGUCCUUGAGAGUUCGGGGCCCACCUUUGAGCGCAGGGGGCCACUCGCCUGUCCACUGAUGCAGACAGUGCUGGGCAGAGCCCUGGCGGUGGACUCACUCUGGGCUUUGUGAGGUUUUCUUGGCCGGGGUUUGGUUGUCCUUAUUUUUCCUUUUGCCCCUCGUCGUUACCCAGCUCCCAGAGGCGGGUGCGGGGACUGCCGCUCUCCCCCGGGGGCUGUGUCUUUCCUUCUCUUUGUAAAGAGCUGGACUCUCGGCCCCUCGGCCCCUCCACCUCCCAGGUGUUUGCACAGUAUCUGUGCGGGGGCCGCGGGUUGACAACGUGGUUUCUGUCUGUUGGACAAGCACAGGGAUCUCGGUCUCCUCGGGGCGUGGGGGGUGGAGGGGGCCUCCCCGGUGCGGCCCCCAGCCCCGUGCCGCCCCACCCCGCCUCCGGAGGAGAUGGCCCGCAUGAACCGGCCCGCCCCCGUGGAGGUGAGCUACAAGGGCAUGCGUUUCCUGAUCACGCACAACCCCACCAAUGCCACUCUGAGCACCUUCGUCCAGGAUCUGAAGAAGUACGGGGCCACCACCGUGGUGCGAGUGUGCGAAGUGACCUACGACAAGGCCCCUCUGGAGAAGGAUGGCAUCACUGUCGUGGACUGGCCGUUUGAUGACGGGGCGCCCCCCCCCGGGAAAGUGGUGGAGGACUGGCUGAGCCUGCUGAAGGCCAAGUUCUGUGAUGACCCGGGCAGCUGUGUGGCCGUUCACUGUGUAGCCGGCCUGGGACGGGCUCCGGUCCUCGUAGCACUGGCUCUCAUCGAGAGCGGGAUGAAGUAUGAAGAUGCCAUCCAGUUCAUCCGACAGAAGCGGCGUGGAGCCAUCAACAGCAAGCAGCUCACCUACCUGGAAAAAUACCGGCCGAAGCAGAGACUGCGGUUCAAAGAGCCGCACGCGCACAAGACCAGGUGCUGCGUCAUGUAGCCCAGGGGCUGCAAGCAGGGACCCUGCGCCCCUCGCUGCCGGCUCGCCUUCUCUCCCGGCCCUUGGCACCCCGUCCAGCGGGUCCAGCUCGCCCUGCCUGUUCUGUGCUGGCUCCUUCUGUUUCUCCCCGUGUCUCCGUGUGCCCGAGUCCGCCGCUCUGGGGACCAGCGCUUCCCUUCGUCCCCCUGCCCUGCGUCUCUUCCUCUGGGCCUUGUCUCUCUGAGGCUUAGAUGGGGCGCACCUGGCCCUCUUAACCCCUGCCCUCCCGCAGGGUCUCCCGGGCAGCUUUCCACUCAGGCUCAUUUGUCAGGGAGCAGGUGUAUUUUUUAGCCUCUGGGCCUGACCCCAGCUCCAUGGCCUCUCGCCCCGACCUGCACUUUCAUUUAUGGGGUCUGGAGACCAUCAGAUGUCCUGGACACUCGAAGGCAAUAAAACAGGUUCCCGUG